AUGAUUGCGCAAAAGUUGGCACAACUUAACGAAAGUACUAACCGCUGGCGUUAUCAACGAUCACGUGAAAUAGUGGUACCAGAAUCACGUGGGAUACUAAGUCAACGAAAAAGUGCCCUGUUGAAAAAACAUGUACUGUAUACGCUUUAUUCUCCUUCAUGGUUGACUAAUUUCAGAAAAAAGGAUUUAUUUUAUUUGAUAAGAUUUACAAAUCGUUCUUGA